UAUCACAUUUCAACACAAAUUGCUUUAUUUUUCUUAACCAAUAAAUUAAGUGUAUUCAUUUAAAAAAAAUAAAAAUCAAAUUCAGUUUAGUUUAAAACUCAUUUACAUUUUAUACUAAUAUUUUAAAGUGCACUGAAUAUUGAAUCAGCAAGAUUUUUGGAUCAUGGUUCAAUUGAUUUAGCUGGUUCAAUCAUUAAAAAAAAACUGAUAAAUGAAUAGAAUAAAUAAAUGAAAAAAACAUCUAAUUGCAAUUAAACCAGAUUCGAUGAGGUUCCAUCAAUUUCUUAAAACAUUAGUUUUGAACUUCAAACUGUCUAUUUUUUCAAAUAUAUUGAGCGGUACAGGGCUUUCAAAAAGACAAAUAAAUCAGCACAAAAGCAACAAAGAAUAUACUUUAUGAACUUAAAAUUGUGAUACUUUAACGUAUCUCAACAUACCCCUCUCUCAUUCAACGGCAUCACAUUCAAAAAAUACUCGAAUAAACCAUCUUUUAAUGAAGCCUAAAUUUCCGUAUCCUAACAAAUGGCCUAUUUAGCUGUCACAAUGACGCAUCAACCUAUGUAACAAUGACCAAUCCAAGUUCUAAAACUGUUUUAUAUUAUGCCGGCAACUUAAGCUGAUUUCAUCAUACAAUUUCUCUACUCUCACUCACAUUAGCACGCCACUUCUCAAUCAACAAUGUCAACUGCUAUAAUCUUUCUUUAAGUUCCUAAUUAGUUGAUUCCUAAUCAUGAAUCAUACCUUUCAACUACCUCUUCUUAAUUCUUAUGACCCUUAUAUAGCAUUCAUCCCUCUUCAAAACCAUUGACCUCAAAACAGCAUCACACAACAUAUAAUCUCUAGAUGGAGCAACUACUUAAAAUUAAAACCACGAUCUUGAAGUUUAUAACAAAGCAACCAGUGUCAAUAUCAUUAGUAACAUUUCAGAAUCCAACUCUUAGUCCUUGUCGAUCACCUAUGACACAUGUUGUCUCAUUAUUUCCUAAGGAAGCUAGAAGAAAGCAGAAACGUGGAAUUAGUUUUAGUCCAAAAGAGCCAACUUCUCCUAAAGUUUCGUGCAUGGGUCAAGUUAACUGCAAGAAGAAGAAGAAGAAGAUGAUGAAGGAGAAGGAAAAGAAAUUGCAUAAAGGGGUCCAGCAGGUUGUUUCAACCAAGAAGAAUGAUUCGGUUCGGGGAUCUGAAACGAAGGUUAUGGUUUGGAUUUCUAAGGGAAGUUUCGAGGGAAGGAAAGAAGGCGGAGAGGACAAGACAUCGGCUAUGGUUGGUAGUGCUCCUCCGUCGUUGGAUGCUAUGAAGAAAUUUACUAGUGGGAGAGGAUCUUUGUAUGAUUUUGAUGCAACACUAUCAGAAAGGUGAAUGUAACUACUUUGUUCUAUGAUAAUAUAUGAAUGUAACUUUCAUUUUUAGUGCAUCUAUAGCUAAGAUGACUUAAUAAUUGUGUGUCACACCAAAAACAUAUAGUUUUUUUUUUUUUUUUUUUAUUA